CAGUUACUAUUUUACCAUUAUUUAAAGUUAUUAAGUAAGAAGAAAAAUAAUAAAAUGAAUUUUUUUAUUUUUGUUAUCAUUAGUUUCGUUGCCUACUCAACAGCUUCACCAAUAGAUCUUGCUUUCGAAGAAGAAGAAAAAUUAAGAGACCCAAGCCGAACAAAAUGGGGCCUUAAUCAAGCGGGCUAUGGAGCCAGCCACACGGGCAACAUCUACGAUAACGGGAAGAACGUGUUAGAUGGCACCGUCAGCGCGUCCAAAGCGUGGAAUUCACAUGGGCUCAAACCCGAUGUAGUUGGUGGCCGAUUGGACUUUAAAAACAAACAGACCGGAUCGGCAGCGUUCCUAGGAGCUGACAGAACGAGAGGUUCGGGAACAGACGUCAACGCUGGAGUUAAAUAUAAUUUCGUGCAGGAGAAAAAUUUAAAUGUGGAUGUAACUGGACAGUACGAAAGGCAUUUCGGUGGUCCUGGUGGUACUGGAAAAGCCGAUGCUGGAGUAUUUUUGAAUGUUAACGGGCGUAUCUGAUUUUUCUUAAAUUGUUUAAACAAAGACUGAUUUUUUGUAAUAAAAGUUGAUUCGUAUAUACUAUUUGUUUUUAAAGGU